AUGGCCGACGAGGAGAUACUUAGAGGUCUGGAUGUGGUUCGGAUGUGCCAAUUGGUGGCUACCACAGUCGUUUUGUAUGAUCAUGGUGCUUUGCGACAAAAUUCGUUAUACUCCCAGUUCACUGAUAACUCUUUCUUAGUUAUUACUGUUGGCCAGGAGGUAGAGUACAUCUGGAGAAAACAGUGGUCGGCUUCAAAAACUUUGUUCAUCCUGGUCAGCACGAAUCCUCUCAAUUCCCCUUUUGUCCUAACAGCAAGCCGCGCAGAAUCGCUACUUGGGGGUGUUUUUGUUGAUGGGUACUUCAACAUACUCCUUAUCUGUAUCGGGGGAGCAGUGAUGAGUCUUCGAGUGGUAGCGAUGCAUGAAGGGUCGAAGAAAAUCCUCGUCUUUGUCUGUGCCCUUCUCUUGGGGGAGCUCAUUUCAAUGGUGACUGUCCUCAGCCUCUCAUUUAAGACAACUACAGUUCUAUCGCAAUCCAGUAUACAUUCUUGUAUCACUACCGGUGUCCCACAUUAUUAUUGGACAUUUUACCUUUUCCCCAUGGUUCUUGAAACCGUCCUCUUCGGUCUGGCGCUUUCAGUUGCCUUCAAACACAUCCGGGAAAAGGGACUGUUAACCGGACAGUCAGUUUUGGACGUUCUUUUCCGCGAUAGCAUAUCCUACUUCGUCAUCAUCGAGUGUGCUUUCAGCGCUAAUGCAGCAACAGCAUUUUACGUUACCAGGCAUGACAUGUACAAGAAAGGAAUACUUCACGUUCCUUGGCUGCAAAUUCCCCAAGGGGUCUCUAUUUCAAUAACGGUCUUGGUUGUGUCCAGGCUUAUCCUGAAUCUUCAACAUGUAUACCACCUACCCAUUCGAGAUCAUUCAGCGGUGGAAUCGUCUAUCCAAUGGCGAGAACCCUCUGACGAAGUCGAUUUACCGGAUGUCAGGCUGUACAAGCUGAACUCUCCGCCACCUUAA